AUGGCUGGCGUGUGGGCGGUGCUGUACCUGUCUUCUGCUGGCGCAGCUGCUGCCGAGGCAGCUGCCUGGUCGGUCUCCGCCUGGCCCGCUCAGCCACCACAAGCCGCACCUGCCACCCAAGCGUACUCGCCGCACCACUCGCCGGCCGAUGCCCUACUGCUGCCGCUGAGCGCUGUCGCGGAAGCAAGACGGGCUGGCACCAAUCCUGCCUCGCCGCACGGCCGACGCUCAUCGCGGCGGUCCAAGGGACGAUCCAAGUCGCGGCGGCGGAGCACAGGUACUGGCGGGGCCCGUGGGGCGAGCCGCACUGCGGCAAAGGGCCGCGCAUCGGCAUCCAAGUCGCCUAUGGCCGCCGCUCACCUCCAUUCACCGCACUCGUCCAACUACACCACCCAUAACUCUGCCCCGCAGCAGCAACCGCAGCACGAGCAGCGGAGAGCGCGGUCGCUCGGCCCAAGAUCAUCGGUCCGUAGCCCCAGCUCCGGCCGACCGCACGCGAGCAGCGGCAAGGCUGCGGUCACGGCGCCGCCGGCCAUCCGAGCAGAUGCCACCGCUGAGGAGCUCCGGCUCCGGCUGCGCAACGUCAUGAUGAAGUGCCAGACCGCCGAGGCCCGCCGCGAGGCUGCAGAGGCCGGGCGUGCGCAGGUUGUGGCCCGUGUUAAGCUCCUCGAGCUGGAACUGGGCGAGACGCGCCGCCGGGCUGUCCGGGGCGGAAUCAGCGUGAGCGACGAAGAGGCCGCCGCUGCAGUCGCUGCCGAGCAGGCUGCCGAGCUGACAGAGCUGCAUCACGCUCUAGAGCGCGCCGAGUCGCAGAUGGCUCACAUGCAGACCGAGCUAGAGGCAACUCGCGAGGCUGCCGCAGCCAUGGAAGUCUCGCUUGCAGCCGCUCGCGCCGAAACCGCCGCAGAGCGCAAGGCCAAGGCCGAGCUGGCAGCCCAGCUGAGCGAGGCACAGGAGGCACAAAAGGCCAUUGCAGAAGCCCAUGCCUGGCACGGCAAUCGCAUGGUUGAUCAGCUCGAGUCUGCCGGAACUGAAGUUGCCCGCCUCACCACAGAGGUUACUGUUCUCCGUGCUGCUACCGAGGCUGCAGCCAAGAAGGCCAAGGUCGAAUCUGCGGCUGCCGAUGAGGCUCGCAACCAUGUCACUCUGCUCGAAACCGAGCUUCAGCACGCCCACAUCGCCGCCGACCGUCUCCGUAGCGAGCUCACCGACGAGCGCAUUUCUGUCGAUCGCCUCCGCCGCGAGGUGCUCGAGGCCAACGAGCGCAUCCAGGCGCUCACCUCUGACAUCCGGCUCCGCGAAGACGAGGCCUACCACCGGCCGCAGCAGCAGCAGCAGGAUCCGCUCGAGUAUGAGUCCGAGUCCGACGGAGGCGAUGAAGACGACGCCGCCGGCGACGGCCCCGGCCGCCACGCGGGGGGCAACAUCCAGGGCCGAGUCGACGCCCUCUUGGCCGAGCUGCAUCAUUUGGAAGCGCUUCAUGCAGCGGCGCAGCAAGAUCAAGGCGAGGCCAACGAGCACGACGGGAGCCCAGCACCGCCAAGCAGAGAACAGGCGAACGGGUCGGGCUGGUCGUCCGGGGCCGAAGACGAGCCGGCGUCGCCGGUCGAGUUGCCGCCGCGGGCAGCUUCGCCGCCGCCGCCCGCUCCGCGAGCGCCGCGAGCCACACAGGGCGCUGCCGCCGGCGACCACCAGUCGACAGCGGCUCGUGUUGCGGCGGCGCGGCGGGCGGCCAUGCGCGCGAUGCCCGGGCGGAUGGCUCCACGAGACAAGCCCAAGCCGCGGCGGAUACCACCACGGGCGGCUCACGCGGGGCGUAGUGGCACUGGCGAACGGCCGACGCCGGUCGCCCGGGCACGGCCGAGGUUCCCCGGUGUGCUGCAGUCAUUUGACACGGCGUCGGCGCAACUCUCGCUCUCUGACUGCGACAUCGGGUCCGACGAGCUUGCCGCCCAUGGCGAGGAGGACGAUCUCAACGACGAGAGCAACGGAACAGCUGUCGACCGCGACGCGUUCACAUCGAGCGACUCUGUGCAGCCGACGCUGGUGCCAACCCGCUACAGGGCUGCAGUUCACCAACUGCCUGCCAAGGAUCGCGGACUUACGCAGACGUUUCCAGCGCCGGCCGAUGACGAGGAGUUUAUGGCGUACGACACGGCGCUGGCAGCGGCGCAGACCCGCGAGCGGCCAGUUAUCAAUUCGGGCUCGUCGUUGAGCUCGGGCUCCAGCUCGGGCUCUUGCUCAGGUGCUGGCGGCGGCGGUAACCCGAUGUACGAUUACUAGCCGAGUUCGAGGUCACUAGCGGAAUGAGGCAUGCGCCUUCCAGAAAGCCACCGAUGCAGCGUACUUUCGGGAUCGAGCGCAACGCCCGAGCCGCCCGACUCUGUACCGAGCGCAUUGCGCAUCAUGGUGAUGGGGUUCAUGGGGAUCUCGUAGUUCACAGCCUGGCCCUUGAUGGAGAUGAUGCCCCAGUCGUACGAGUCUGCCGGCGGAGGCGGGUCACCGGAUGGCAUGGCCUCGUGCUCCUUGGCGAUCUGGGCCGAGGAAUAGAGGAUGAUGUCAAGAAAGUCGGCCUUGGGCACGGUGAUGGCGUCUGCCGGGAACCAGCGGUCCAGGACGGGGAGCUCCUCGGGCGGCGGGCGAGGUAGCCUGAGCGGAGCAGGUGCUCGUUGUCGUCUGUGAUGGGGACGGCACCGACGGUGGCCGAGGUAAAGUUGGGCAUAAAGAUGUGCUUGCAGAA